CUUUAGGACCCAGCGUUGCUCUGUGCUCGUGCAUAUGCAGUCUGGAACACAUCUCAUCAGGUUACUAUCUUGAGCACGUCAAAGGCAAUUGAAAUAAGGCUGCCUAAGUGAAAGCAAAGCAAGCCAGCGAUUUGGAACCGUUCAGCACCUUAGACAGCGCAGCCACAUCUUUGCAAGGGGAACCUCCUGCCUACACCUCUCCUGCUAAACCCAUUUGUCCUUUCCUCACUUACAUUACUGCUCCGGGAGCUGAUUUGCAAAGUGUCGCCUUCAUUUUAAGUGAAAUGUGGAAAUGCUCGGCUGCAGGAAAAGUUUUGGAAAGAGCCUAAGCUGAAGACGGCAGAGAAAUAAAAGAAAGGUUAAUGGUUUUCCCUGGCUAACCUGGAAGGAAUGAUGACCAGAGCAGCAUGUGUACCAGCAGGCAGAUCAUUGGAAGUCUCUUGGUGCUGUCUGUGCUGGAGAUAGGACUGGGCUUGUCCAGUGUGGCCGUGGGAGCUGUUACUUUCUUCAAAGUCAGAAUGGAGCAGAAGCCGCAGCUGGGAGACUCUUCUCCGGUAUGGAGCGGGGCGUGUUUUCUUAUUUGUGGAGUGUGUGGAAUCUUUUGCGCCAAGAAGAAAUCUGGACUCAUUAUGAUUCUGUUUUCAGCCUGCUGUAUCUGUGGCCUGAUUGGAGGGAUAUUAAAUAUUCAGUUUCUACGUGCCCUAAACAAGAGAUCAUCAUCCCUUUAUUCCCUGUACCUUGCAUCCAUGUCGCUCGCGUGCAUAGGAAUCAGUGGCUGUACCAUUUCCACAUGGCUAACAUGCCGCUUGGCCAGCUAUGAACAAAGGAGAAUGUUUUUGGAAAGGGAACAUUCACUUCAUCACUCUCAUGAAAUGACAGAAAAGGACACGGAAAAUAUUACCAAUGGUGGAGGACAGCUUGCAUUUAACGGGAGAGUUUAAAGAAAGAUCUUCAUCCAUAUCAACAGCAAUGUUUAAUAUAGAUCACUAGCAUUAGAAUCACCAAACAACAGAUACCACUUAACUUCUUAGCAUUUUAAGCUUAACAACUUCCAGGAAGUGUUGCUUAAUAAAAAAAAAACGCCAUUAUUCCGUAUUCCGAUAACAUUUAAGGACUUUAAAAUUAUGCACAAAAUAAUUUUUUAAAGAAAGCAUGUUAGGCUAACAUAACAAAGACCUGUAUAGCCUUUAUUGCAGUAAGCAAAGCAAUGAGAUUAUAAAGGUUAUAUCAUUCAUUCUAAAGACAUCAUAUGCUAAGAAUGCUGUAGGAAACCAAACACUGUAUAAAUGUCAGAAUACUGUAUAUAUAUCUUCAGGUUGGGAAUGAAGUACUGUAUAUUUUGUAAAACAAGAUAAGGAUUGUUGCAAUACUGAUACAGAUCACAUUGUAUUUCUCGAUCUGCCGGAUAAAUAUUUUUUGUUAUUUAUGCAAUAUAAAAAGAACAGAUGCAUUUUGUGUAAAAAAUAAAAUUGUUUUU